GUGCCUGGGGUUGAGGAUCAGAGGGCCUUGUCUUUGAAGGAGUGCCUUAGACUGCUAGAGGCUACAUUUCCCUUUGGGGAAAAUUCCGAGUUUCCAGCUGCAGGUGUUCCCAGCCUAACUGACUUUCAGCCAAAUGAGAGUGGCCCUUCUGUCAUUUCAGAUGGGGUCCUGUCUCCCCUUUUGACAGAUACAGAGUUGCCCUUUGAUCUGGAACAACAGUGGCAGGACCUCAUGUCUAUCAUGGAAACACAGAGCAUGGAGGUGAACAGCACAACUCUAUAUAACAGCUCAAGUGGAAACCUUCUGACAGCCAACUACAGCCUUGCUCCAUCCACCCCUAUUAACCAGAAUGUCAGCCUGCAUCAGGCAUCGCUAGCUGGCUGCACACAAGAUUUUCCUUCCCUGUUCAGUUCUGAAAUUGAAAGUCCCUCAAUGGCUGGAGGCUCAGCUUUGCUGCAGCUGGUUCCUGAUAACUCCACUGGCUUCAACAAAUUUGGCUCUACCAACCUAAGUGGGAACUUUUUUCCUCCCCAGUUAAACUGCACUGUAACUGAAACAUCUGGGUCUGAACUCCCAGAUCCUCUUGGAGGGCUCCUGGAUGAAGCCAUGCUAGAUGAGAUUAGUUUAAUGGAUUUGGCUAUUGAAGAAGGCUUCAACCCAGUGCAGGCAUCCUGCUUGGAAGAGGAAUUUGAUUCAGACUCUGGGCUCUCCCUGGAUUCAAGUCACAGUCCUGCUUCUCUCAGCAGCUCAGAAGCAUCAUCCUCUUCCUCCUUUUCUGAGGAAGGAGCUGUAGGCUACAGUUCUGAUACUGAAAAUGUGGACUUUGAAAAUGCAGGAGGAGCUGUUGGGUAUCAGCCAGAAUAUAGCAAGUUCUAUCGGAUGAGCUACCAAAAUCCUCCUCAGUUGCAGUACCUGCCUUAUCUUGAGCAUGUGGGUCACAAUCACACAUAUAACAUGGCCCCCAGGACCUUAGACACUGAUGAGUCCCAGCCAGCUAGUAUGGGAAAGAAGAGUUCCAAAGAAAAGCAAGCAGAUUUUCUAGAUAAGCAGAUGAGUAGAGAUGAACAUAGAGCCAGAGCCAUGAAGAUUCCUUUUCCCAAUGAAAAGAUCAUCAAUUUGCCUGUAGAGGAAUUCAAUGAACUCCUGUCCAAGUAUCAGUUGAGUGAAGCACAGCUGAGUCUAAUCCGUGACAUUCGCAGAAGGGGUAAGAAUAAGAUGGCAGCCCAGAAUUGUCGUAAAAGAAAACUGGACACUAUCCUCAAUCUGGAGCGGGAUGUAGAUGAUUUGCAGAGAGACAAAUCAAAGCUGCUCAGGGAGAAGGUGGAAUUUCUCAGGUCCAUCCACCAGAUGAAGCAAAAAAUGCAGACCCUCUACCAGGAGGUAUUCGGCCAUCUGCGUGAUGAGAAUGGACAGCCCUAUUCCCCAAACCAGUAUAUUCUACAGCAUGCCAGUGAUGGCAGUGUUAUUCUAAUAUCACGUUCCUUGGCUGAGCAGCAGAGGUGGUGUCAAGAGAAGAAACAGAAAGACAGGAGGAAGUGAAAGAUGAUAAAUAUCAUUUGAAAAGCAUAAACUUGCUGAA